AUGGACAGUCACACUAUAAAGUGGCUACGUUUUACUGGUUUAGCUGAGGAUUAUCCAGCAUGGAGUACGAAAUUUAUGGCGUAUAUGCAAACAAAAGGUUUGUACAAGUCACUUCUCGAUAAGGAAGUUUUAAUGCCAGAAGUCACUCCGUUCACCGAAGCAGCCACAGCCGAUGAAAGACCAGAACGGGCAGCUCAAGUAGAGCAACGAAAUCAACAAAUUAAAGAAAUCGACAAGCGAAAGAAUAGCGUUUGGUGUCAUAUAGCGUUAGCACUAGACAAAACAAGUCUUAUGUAUAUUCGACAUGAUUGUUUGUCCCCAGAUGGAACGGGUGAUGGAGCAAAAGCGUGGCGUUUAUUACAGCAACGUUAUUCAAACGUGGAAAAGCCUACCGUAGUAAGUCUAGUGAGACAGUUAUCGCGUUUACAGCUCGGAGAAGAUGAAAAAUUACACGAAUAUUUUAUACGUUCUCAAGAGCUUAUGUCUAGACUAUCUGAAGCUGGUGAGAAAAUAUCAGAAACACUGUUUAAUGCAUUAAUUAUUAAUGGUCUUCCAGACAAAUACGAACAUUCUGUUGUACAAGAAAGUUUUAAUCCAGCGUCGACAUUUACUGAACUAAGAACCCGACUGCAAAAUUAUGAAGACA